AUGGCUGCAUCAUCCAGAAAACGACAACUUUCUCAAGAUCUUGUAAUUUGUGAUCAGUGUGGACAACCGGUUGAUAAAUGUGUAUUACAUGAUGAUAAUAGUGACUAUUUAGAAGAGGCAAUUGCCUUAUCCGACUCUAGAUUAACGAAAUUUUUUGAGGGCCAACAAUGUGAGGAGUCAUUGGAAUUGAAUAUAACUAACUAUUGUCUGUAUGAUGAAAAUGGCCACUUUAUCUCAAUUGAUUCUGGUCUAAUUGAAUCAGAUAAAGCUGUUUAUAUGAAAGGGUAUUUGAAACCUCUAACAGAUCUGGAGGAUGAUUUGAGUCAAUCUGUUCCAGCACGAGAUAUUGGACCGAUUGAACAAUGGUGGAUCUCUGGUUUUGACGGAGGCGAACGAGUUUUAAUUGGUGUUCAAUCAUCAAUUUGUUGUUACAAUUUGUUAACUCCUCAUCUUAAGUAUAAAGCAAUUUGUGAAAGCUUGGAAUUUAAAAUAACGUUAACCAAAUAUAUCAUUGAAUGGAUUGAAUCUUCACCGCAAUCAACUUGUUCCCAAUUGCUGCAUAAUUUAACAGUCAAGUGUCCAAAUCUCGAGCUAUCUCGAUUAUAUCAAAGUUUACCAUUUAUAGUUGAUCAAAUCCUCAGCUAUGAUGAAGCUGGAACAUCAAGUGAUCUUAAAAUUCUUGAAACUCCAUGCAUAAGACAGUUAAUUGAAACAGCAUCACAAGGAUCUUUAAAGUUAAGGUCAGCAAUCUCUAAGAAAGUCUUCUGGUUAAAACGAUACUUAUGUUGA